AUGGGAGGAGGAUUUAGAGUAUUGCAUUUGCUCAGACCAUUUUUGUCGUUCCUUCCUGAGGUGCAAAGUGCAGACAGGAAGGUUCCAUUCAGAGAAAAUGUCAUCUACACUGUUAUUUCGUUGUUUAUAUUUCUAGUGUGCAGUAAGCUUCCACUUUAUGGAAUUCACUCCACGACGGGUGCUGAUCCAUUCUAUUGGAUGCGUGUUAUCCUCGCUUCCAGCCGUGGAACUGUCAUGGAGCUCGGUAUCACCUCUAUUGUGACGUCUGGGUUGUUGCUAUACAGGAAAUACAACGAAAAAUUCUUUAUGAAUUUGUUGGGAAAGUGGAAGGAGUCUGAAUAUGGCAAUCAAUCAAUUCCAGCUGGUGUUCUUGCUUAUUAUGUUAAUGCCCCAGUCAGCUUGAUUAAAGUUGAUCAUAUGCAUAUGUUCUGGAAAUGCCGCUUGGCAGAAAUGGCAGCACAUCCUUUCCAUGCUCUGUUUUAUAUAAUUUUCAUGCUUUCAGCAUUUGCUCUGUUUUCAAAGACAUGGAUCGAGGUUUCUUGA